GCCGAAUAAGUUGAGUAUCUGUAACAAACUGAAUAUUACGUUAGAAUACUUUCAAUAUAGCUAUCGUUUUAGCUUACCUGUUGACAAUAUUUACAAAAAUAUUUGGGAAUGCUCUUCCAAUAUUCAGCCAUGACUUUUAAAUCAAUAUGUAGUUCCCACUUUGCCAGUCCACCAAUGCUUCGACAAAACGUUUUGGAUUUCAAGAUUUAAACCAAAAAUGACAACAGUUCCAAUAACCUACGAGUUGUUGUCUUCAAUUGAGCCAAGGAAGUGGUUGAAAAAUACAGAUUUAGGUGGUGAAAUCACUUCUCUAAGUUUCGACGACAGUGGAGAAUUAUGUUUGGCGUCUUCUACGGAUGAUACAUUAAAACUUUAUAACUGUGUAACAGGAAAAUUUGUGAAAGAACUUGCCAGUAAGAAGUAUGGAGCUCACUUGGGUCGAUUUUCUCAUCAUUCUAAUUCUCUGAUCCAUGCUUCUACUAAAGAAGAUGACACGAUUCGCUAUCUUGAUGUAGUUACGAAUCGAUAUCUUCGAUACUUUCCUGGGCAUAAACAAGCGGUUACUUCCCUGGAUGUCUCGCCCUCUGAUGAGAUAUUUCUUAGUGCCUCUAUGGAUAAUACAUUACGACUGUGGGAUUUUCGGUCUCCUAAUUGCCAGGGAUUACUGAACGUAAGCUCACCAGUGGUGGCUGCGUUUGAUGCUACUGGUUUAAUUUUUGCUUGUGUGAGUGAAAGAAAAUAUAAGAUCUCUCUUUAUAGUAUCAAGACAUACGAUUCACGGCCGUUUCAAGAGAUCCCCUUGACAUUUCUUCCUCCCCAUGUAAGCAUUUCAAACAUCGAGUUCAGCACUGAUGGAAAGAAUAUUUUAUUAACGACUGCAAACGAUUAUCAUUACGUGGUUGAUGCUUACAGUGGCCAGGAAUUGUUACGUAUACCAGCUAAGACAAAUGCUAGAAGUGCUACUAAAAAUCUUUCUUUUUAUUCUUCGGCUUGUAUGUCCCCAGAUAGUAAGUAUUUAUUUUCUGCCAACGACGAAAAGCAUUUAGCAAUCUACGAAAUACCUGAGAUGAAAUCAAGUCAAUAUUCAGACACUUGGAAUAUGCAUGAACUAAUGGCAGAAGUCAAGAAUACGGUUCCCUCAAAUCCACAUAGCUGUAUACCUUUGACAAAAAAAGUAGAUUGCCCUGAAGUGCCUUCUAUAGUUCGAUUUAAUCCUCGUCAUGCACAACUUGUUACGGCUCACUCAGGUGUAGUAUUUUGGAAUUAAACAAUAUUAUUUCUUUUGUAUCAUUUCGUUUUUUGUUAUUAAAAAAAUAAAUAAAUAAAC